AUGGAACUUCAUAAUUUCAUCCGUCAGAACAACAUUGGAGAUGUUGAGUUUGAAGAACCAGAUGCUUCAAAGGAUGUUCUACAUGGUAAGCAAACUAUUAAUGACGACACAAAUGAUGAUCAAAGUGUUCGAGUUGAAGAAAACACUGAAGCUGGUGCUUAUAUGAAAGUUGUUCGUGAUCAAAUUGCUAAGGAAAUAUGGAUUGCAAAAUCUGGGGUAUCUCGUUUCCGUCGUUAG